UUAAUACCAUGUUUCUGUGUUAUUCUUCCUAUCUACUUUUCUCUAUUUUCUAUUUUGAGACUUUCUGAAGUCUUCCAAGAAGGGCUACAGUACCUAUUGUCUACAUUUGGGAUCUCAGUUGUUUGGUGAGUGUGCUUUUUGUGAUGAGAUGGCCAAGUGUGAUUCCUGCCACAUCUGGUAUCACCGCCACUGCAUGGACAUUCCCAGUGAGGUGUUUGGAGAAUCCGAGGUCCACUAGGAGUGCAAGAGGUGUAUGUGAAGACACUCACCUAGCUUGUACC